GAGAGAGAGAGAGAGAUUAAUUACUCCAUUUUCUUCUCAACUGCGACAACAAACUUAUCAUCUCCCCUGCUUCCUUCAAUAUCAUCUACUGAACACACUACACCGGACGAAAACCCUAAUUCCUCAUCUUCACUCUCUCUCUCUCUCUCUCUCUCUCUCUCUCUCUCUCGAUAUACUUACGUGCCAUAUAUGUGCAUGAGUACAUUGCAUGCAUUUUGGUUUUGAUUCGUUUUAUAUCUUGAUCCCGGUGGGACCCCCGAUGAGGCGAAGACCCGUUGAUUUCCGAAGGCCGGCGAGAAGGAGAUUUUCCAAGGUGUUCUGGUUCACGUUAUGUGGUGUUCUGUUUUUGAUUGGCUUUGCUCUUUUCGGUCGUGAAAGAGGAUCAACGUCUACGUCAGCAAUGGUUAAGAGGUAUUACAGGCGCAACAAAUUUAUGGAAGGCAUUAAUAUCACUGAAGAAAUGUUGAGCCCACACUCUAUACCCCGGCAGCUAAAUGACCAAAUUGCUCUUGCAAAAGCUCUUAUUGUGAUUGCAAAAGAAAGUAACAACCUUCAGUUUGCAUGGGAGCUAAGUGGCCAAAUGCGCCACUCACAACUACUCCUUUCAAAUGCAGCGACUAGGGAAAUACCAUUGACAGGCACAGAAUCGGAGAUAGCAAUUCGUGACAUGGCUUUUCUGUUGUAUCAAGCUGACCAACUCCAUUAUGAUAGUGCAACCUUGAUCAUGAGACUGAAAUCCAGGAUCGAGUCGCUUCAAGAACUAGUUCAUUCUGUAAGUGAGAAGAGCACGAAGUAUGGGCAAAUAGCUGCUGAGGAAGUCCCAAAAAGCCUUUAUUGCCUUGGUAUAACAUUGACUAUUGAAUGGUUUAGAAACACAGAUUUCCAAAAGAAACUCAAUGGUGGAAAUCAGAUUGCUGACAAGCUGAAAGACAACAGUCUCUAUCACUUUUGUGUCUUUUCUGACAACAUCCUUGCAACUUCAGUAGUUGUCAACUCAACUGCUUCUAAUUCCAUCAAUCCUAAUCUGGUUGUGUUCCAUAUAGUCACUGACAACAUUAAUUAUGCCCCAAUGAACGCCUGGUUUUCCACGAAUACUUUUCGUGGAUUGACAAUUGAAGUUCAAAAUUUUGAGGCCUUCAGCUGGCUCAAUGCUUCUUAUGUUCCUGUCCUAAAGCAGCUCCAAGACUCAGACACUCAGAACUAUUACUUUUCUGGGAAUAAUGACGAUAGUCAGACCCCAAUCAAGUAUCGUAAUCCUAAGUACCUCUCAAUGCUUAACCACCUCAGGUUCUACAUUCCUGAAGUUUUCAAUUCACUGGACAAAGUAGUGUUUCUUGAUGAUGAUGUUGUGGUUCAGAAAGAUCUGUCGCCGCUUUUCUCGAUUGAUCUGAAUGGAAAUGUAAAUGGAGCAGUGGAAACUUGUAUGGAGACAUUCCACCGAUACCAUAAGUACUUGAAUUACUCUCACCCAAUUAUACGUGCACAUUUUGAUCCAGAUGCAUGUGGUUGGGCAUUUGGAAUGAAUAUCUUUGAUUUGGUUGAGUGGAGGAAAAGGAAUGUAACUGGAAUCUACCACUACUGGCAGGAGAAGAAUAUUGACCGGACCUUGUGGAAGCUGGGAACUUUGCCACCUGGACUUUUAACUUUCUAUGGGUUGACAGAACCUUUGGAUCCUCACUGGCAUAUUUUGGGAUUAGGUUACACGACUGUCGACCGGCAAUUACUACAGAAUGGUGCUGUACUGCAUUUCAAUGGAAACUCAAAACCGUGGUUGAAGAUUGGGAUGGGGAAAUACAAACUGCUAUGGGAUAAAUAUGUUGAUUAUUCUCAGCCUAUAUUGCAACAAUGCAAUGUUCAUUGACUGUGGGACAGAUUCGAUUUGCCAGGCGAUAAGGUACUUUAAGAUUUUGAAGAGCGAACUUCAGAAUUUUCUGUUAAAACUUUUUGACGGCAUCAAGUAAGGUUUAAUGGCUGGGAGAUGGGCGUACGUUGUUGUUUUAUCAGUUACCUGCAGCAGUUUUGCCUUGUUUUGAGCUGCAAUUGCUACGAAGUUUCAUCUCUCAUCUUAUUA